CCGCUGGCUCCUUCCGUACUCCAAGUGCGUGCAUCGGCGCCCCGCUUACACACUUUUCCCCGCGAAGUCUCUGCUCGGCCGGGUCUUCCGUUACGCAAACCGCGUACGUCCAGACCACCCACCUGUGGCAACGCUACAACUACCAUCCCCUCCUCGCAGCCACCGAGGCCUCAGCGCGUGCCGCCCCGGCGGGGGGAAGGGCUCCAGGUUAGUCCUGCAUCCUGCGAGGCGCCAGCCCGCUUCCCCCGCCUCCGCCCCACACACGCCCUCCGCCCGCGGCCCAGGGAGACGCUGUGCUGCCACCUCGCGUGAAGCCGAGCGCGAGUGGGGCUCGGGGCCCUCGCGUCCCGCCGCCGAAGUAGGUGCCACGAGUGGCAGCUCCGCAGCCCGGAGGACCCGCAGCACAGGCAGAGGGGCCAAGCAGGCCUCUGCCUCGCACUCCCUGCGCUUGCGGCCGAGGGCAGCGCUCCACGUGCAGUGAGCUCCUGAGGAUAAGUGCGAGGGGGACGCCCGCUGCUGCACAGCCCGCGAGGCGACGCCUGGCCGGAGGUACCUUCACCAGCCUGCAGACGCGCGUGAGGGGGACGAGCGGACCGCCGUGUUACACCAGCGGUGGCGUGCAGUUGCGGCAGCUUCUAAAGCCUGACAGGUAUCUGAAGAGACACAGAGCGGCAGUGGAGGAUCAGCGCGGUCUGUGAGGACAAGCGUCACAGGAGCUUGGGGCUGUUGUGUUGUCUCAGAGGCCAGCUGCCUAAGUGGUCCCACUCACACCUGUGAGGAGGACCUCGGCCACUGAGUGGCAAGCGACAACCAAAACCAGGUUGAGUACGUUAAGCCUCUGAAGAAGCCUGACUGAAGGUAACUAACUGGCUCUGCGGCGUUGAGAACAAGCGCAAAGGCGAGUCUGGUGUGUCGGCUUUUACAAGUUAUACAGGAUAGGUAAAAAGAAGAUGUCAGGUCGUCGUGUUGCUGCAGCAUGUGAUAGACGACAGCUCCCACGGGGCAUGGGUAGCAUGGCAUCCCCUCUCCUUGACCCACGUCCACUUCGACUACCAUUUCUUGAGGCUGACAGUCGCCUCCAAUCGAUUUGCGGGCGCUCGAUGCAGCAGCCUUCGCGAAGGAGCAUUCUUCGGUCUCGGCCGCCGCCGCCACCUCCUCCCCUGCCGCCGCCGCCAAUCGAUGCGCUCAGGGCUCCGGUCGCCAUUUUAGGGGGAGAGCGAGGGAGGCAGAAGGAAGGGUCGGCCCCUCCAAGGCAUUCCUUGCUAACGAUGUAUAGAACAAAAGUUAGCUUGAAAGAUCGUCAGCAACUUUAUAAACUAAUCAUUAGUCAACUGCUAUAUGAUGGGUACAUAAAUAUUGCAAAUGGCUUGAUAAAUGAGAUAAAACCACAAUCAGUCUGUGCACCAUCUGAGCAACUGCUGCACCUAAUUAAAUUAGGAAUGGAGAACGAUGACAGUGCUGUUCAGUAUGCAAUUGGCCGAUCAGAUACAGUAGCUCCAGGCACAGGAAUUGACUUAGAAUUUGAUGCGGAUGUACAAACCAUGUCUCCUGAGGCUUCUGAAUAUGAAACUUGUUAUGUCACAUCUCAUAAAGGACCAUGUCGUGUAGCUACAUAUAGCAGAGAUGGACAGUUAAUAGCCACAGGAUCUGCUGAUGCCUCAAUAAAAAUUCUUGAUACGGAGAGAAUGUUGGCCAAAAGUGCUAUGCCUAUUGAGGUCAUGAUGAAUGAGACAGCACAGCAGAACAUGGAAAAUCACCCCGUUAUUCGGACUUUAUAUGAUCAUGUGGAUGAAGUUACAUGUUUAGCUUUUCAUCCAACAGAACAGAUUCUAGCAUCUGGUUCAAGGGACUACACACUUAAAUUGUUUGAUUAUUCAAAACCUUCUGCCAAAAGAGCCUUCAAAUAUAUACAGGAGGCAGAGAUGUUACGCUCUAUCUCUUUUCAUCCUUCUGGAGAUUUCAUACUUGUUGGUACCCAGCACCCUACCUUACGCCUUUAUGAUAUCAAUACUUUCCAGUGUUUUGUGUCUUGCAAUCCUCAAGAUCAGCAUACUGAUGCUAUAUGUUCAGUAAAUUACAAUGCCAGUGCAAACAUGUAUGUGACAGGAAGUAAGGAUGGAUGCAUCAAACUGUGGGAUGGUGUUUCAAACCGCUGUAUCACUACUUUUGAGAAGGCACAUGAUGGAGCUGAAGUCUGUUCUGCUAUUUUUUCCAAAAAUUCAAAGUAUAUCUUGUCAAGUGGAAAAGACUCUGUAGCUAAACUAUGGGAGAUAUCCACUGGUCGAACACUGGUCAAAUACACAGGAGCUGGUUUGAGUGGACGGCAAGUACACAGAACACAGGCUGUCUUCAACCAUACAGAGGACUAUGUACUGCUUCCGGAUGAAAGGACCAUAAGUCUCUGCUGCUGGGAUUCAAGAACUGCUGAACGGAGAAAUCUUCUUUCGCUCGGACAUAACAGCAUUGUCCGCUGUAUUGUUCAUUCUCCUACCAAUCCUGGUUUCAUGACUUGCAGUGAUGACUACAGAGCUAGAUUUUGGUACAGAAGGUCAACCACAGACUAAAGACAGCUUUAUAAAACAGUGAUAUCCAGACUCAUUUUAUCAUCUUGUAUUGAUUGUACCACCAACAGAUGCCUAGAUGAGAUGCUGUGUCUGUUCUUAAUUCUGUCAAACGCGGCAGAAAAAUACCAGAAUACUGAGACUUAAGUUUUUGCCCCACACUAAUUUUUUUAUUAGUGUAUGUGUGGCAUUAAUUUUGUAAGUCAUCUCUAACUGUACUCAAGGUGGGGGGGGAAUAAAGUGAUCCUUGCAAGAAGGAUUAAGCUUGUUCUCCUGUCUCUAAAUCCUACGAAAGAUAAUGUGACUAAAUCUUGCUGAAACUGGGCAGAACGAGCCAGUUUUGCUCUGCAUUGUAUCUGUGCAAUCCCACUGGAGUCUGUUUAAAGAAUGGAUUACACAAGUAACAGCAGAACUUGGCAAAUACUUUAAUGAAGCCUUAAGCUGCCUUCAGUUCUGAUUCAUGCUUUGUAAAGCUGUGUUUUGUAUCUUUUUAAUCUGUUUUUUGUGGGUCUUUUUUGUUUUUGUUUGUUUUUUUUUUAAUUGGCCAAGUGGACCUUCAAUUCUGAGCCAGUCUUGUGCCAUAAGAAUUUGAAACACAAUUUUAAAUUGUUUAGAUGAAUUCAAGAAAUGGUGUUCUAGUUCUGAUAUUAAAGCUCAGACUUGAAAUCUUGUCUUUCAUUUUAAUUUAUCUUAACAAGUAUGACUUGAAAGGAAGCUCGUGGUAUUUUCAAUGAAUAUCCACACCACAACUGCAAAAGGUUUAUGUGGCAGUUCUGCACCAUGUGAACAUGAGGAGAAUGACUUUGCCAUAGAAACCUGUAGAACCCUCUCAAAGAAAGAAAUUGUUGCGCAUACUGAUUUUUUUUUGUAUGUGUGCCUCAAAUAUCAAUUGCGUUUAUUUAAAAAUUUUUAUUCUGUAGUUGUUGUGUUACACAGCACUUGAAUGACAUUCUUUUUUAAUUCAAAAAAAAUCAAAUAAUUCUACUUAUUUCUAGUAGUACAAGUUUCGCAGUCAUCAUGUUCAACAGAUUUACAGAUUAUUAAGAUAUUCUGUACUUAAACCUUCUGUAAACUUGAAAAUUCACAACUUCUUACAGAAUAUCUGACCUGUGCAAGGCUUUAAAUACGUUAUUUCAAGCUUUCUGUCUACAGCUCCAGUGAUACAAUACUCUUGAGCCUCGUGGUUGGGAAGCUUUCUUUAGUCAUAGUCUCGGCACUUGCUUUUGUUAGGAUUUUCAAAUAUUAGAUUGUUCUUACUGCUGAAUUAACUUUCAGUUACCACUGAUGAAGUAUCUUGUCAACGGCUGAAGAGGGUACAGGUUUUGUCUGUGUUUAAAUAAAAGUUACCUUUUGAAAAUUCAUUUAUAUUAA